UCUGCCCCCGUGCACGGGGGUGAUUCCCCUCUCCCCUGUCCACGGGCACAGCCCCCGUCUUUAACUCCUUCCCCUCGUGGCUCUUCUCCCUGUCAAGGAGUCGGACAACCUGGGGCGUGUCAGCGGGGCAGCUGUUCUGCCUCCCCCUCCCUUUCGCCUCAGCAGCCCCAGAGCUGUUGCUCGGGGGGUGGGGAGGGGAAUUGAGUCCCUUUUCCUGUUUUUGAUGAGCGCCGAAGGCUCCUGUAUUUCCCCGUGGCCCUUUGAAAUCUCCCAGCGUGAGUGAUCAUAGAAUCAUAGAUCCGGGCUUGGGUGCAUUUUUUUGCUUUCAAGGGAGAGUGAUUAAAAACAUGCCUGUCUUCUCCUGCAUGAAGAUGUAAGUGAGCAUCCACCUGUGGGAUCCUAGUUCUCCAUACUCAUAACACACACAUAAUGAGUGAUCACGUGUCAGAAAUAUGGCUACAGACUGGCUUGGAAGCAUUGUGUCCAUUAACUGUGGAGACAGCCUGGGAGUCUAUCAGGGACGAGUGUCAGCUGUAGAUCAGAUCAGCCAGACCAUCUCCCUGACGCGGCCUUUCCAUAAUGGGGUCAAGUGCCUCGUGCCAGAGGUCACCUUCAGGGCAGGUGAUAUUACUGAGCUAAAGAUUUUGCAGAUCCCAGGUCCUGGGGACAGCAAACAAAGUGGGGAUCUGCAGCAUACCGAACUGGGCAUCCCUGGCGUUGGGUGCCAAGUGGGUACCAAUCAAAACGGCACUGGCAAAUUGCUAAAGAAGCCUACCUCUUCCAGCAGUGCCCCACAGGCUAUCCCAAGGAGAACAGACAUGAAAAAUCAGGAAGUUGUCAUUUCCCCACAACAGCAGCAGUGCUCUAAGAGCUACAUGGACCGACAUUUGGAAUCCUUGAAUCAGUCCAAAGGUUUCCGUCGUAGACACAAUUCCUGGUCGUCCAGUAGCCGCCACCCAAACCAGGUGACUCCAAAGAAGAGUGGCCUGAAGAACGGGCAGAUGAAGAGUAAAGACGAUGAGUGUUUUGGAGAUGACAUUGAGGAAAUCCCAGACACAGAUUUUGAUUUUGAAGGGAAUCUGGCUCUUUUUGAUAAGGCGGCAGUGUUUGAAGAGAUUGACACUUAUGAGAGGAGGAGUGGCACUCGCUCCAGGGGUACCCCCAACGAGAGGCCAGCUCGCUACCGGCAUGACGAGAACAUCCUGGAAUCAGAGCCCGUCGUCUACAGACGGAUCGUCGUACCCCAAAAUACUAACAAGGAAUUCUGCACUGACUCUGGGCUAGUCGUCCCAAGCGUCUCUUAUGAACUGCACAAAAAGGUGCUUUCAGUAGCUGAGAAACACGGGCUGACUCUGGAGCGCAGACUGGAGAUGACUGGUGUGUGUGCCAGCCAGAUGGCAUUGAGUCUGCUCGGAGGACCCAACAGGUUGAAUCCUAAAAAUGUUCACCAGCGACCCACGGUGGCUUUGCUCUGCGGCCCCCACGUGAAGGGGGCCCAGGGAAUCAGUUGUGGACGGCAUCUUUCCAACCAUGACGUUCAUGUCAUUCUCUUCCUGCCCAACUUUGUCAAGAUGCUGGAAUCCAUCACUAAUGAGCUGAACCUCUUCAGCAAGACCCAAGGCCAGCAGGUGUCCAGUGUCAAAGAUCUCCCAGAUACCCCUGUUGACCUGGUGAUAAACUGCCUAGAUUGUCAUGAAAAUGCUUUCCUGAGAGAUCAGCCUUGGUACAAAGCAGCUGUGGACUGGGCCAACCAGAACCGAGCCCCUGUCCUCAGCAUAGACCCUCCUAUGAGUGAAAUGGAGCAGGGCAUUGAUGCCAAGUGGUCACUGGCUUUGGGCCUGCCCCUGCCACUGGGUGAGAGGGCAGGGCGAGUAUAUCUGUGUGACAUUGGCAUUCCGCAGAAAGUCUUUCAGGAAGUGGGAAUAAACUACCACUCACCCUUUGGCUGCAAAUUCGUCAUUCCAUUGCAUUCAACAUAGAGCAGACCCUGCAGUGUGAGAUGGGGCAGAGUCCUGCCUAGCAAGCUGUAUAAAGGAUUCUGACAAGUAAACUCUUGACGCCUUAAGGAUGUGAAGUGCUGGAGUUUUCUUCCAGAAGAAAUAUGCGUAU